AUGCCUGAACUUUCGGAAACUCCCUCAGAAAAAUCAUAUUUUUGGCUGAGAAGAGAGGAUGAGGAACCCAUACUUGAUACGAGAUCCUCUUACGGAGACGGUCUUCUGGGGGAUUCAGGCUCGAAAGCAUCUGGAAUACCUUCUUUCACACCUGACACAAUCAAGCCUGGGGUCUCGAAAGACCCUAUCUUCGACGAUGACGAGGAUGGAGAAGGCAAUUCAGUUGAAUUCAUCAUCGAUGCUAGCAAGCGAGCUGAACACAAUGCCAAAUUAAUCAGAAUCUUGAGAUCCCACCUGCAAGGAGAGAUCAGCACUCGUUGUUGGGAAUCUGAUCAGCAAUGCUAUACAAGAUUUUCCGAGGACAUUCAAAACCUGCCUACCGGCACUUCUAUAGAUGAGUACAUCACUCUGUUGCAGGAUGUAAGAAUUGAGUGUGGUUUCGAGCACUCUUUCAAUUUGGGUGAUGACGAACAGCUACAACGAAGAUUAGAUGCCAUUCAUGCCUGGACUGACUUACAAUCUGCGGAUUAUGUCCUGCCUAGAUAUUCAUCUUCCACUUUACAAGGGUUUUUAUCUUUACAUAGCGUUCAAAACGAUAAGAUGCCCAGUAUGGAAGAGGUCCUCGCAGAGAAGACGAGACUGGCAGAACGAGGAGAUUCAUCUUACGGAAGAUGGGCCGGAUCUUUCUUCGAAAAGCUCAGAGGGAAACAAUCUUUGACGAAUGACGAUAAGGCAAGCCUAAAGCAAUUUGCCUAUUGGAACAGAGGAUACCGGCCGGGCAAUUCGAUGGGCCUCUCAGAGGCACAACACCGAGGUAGAAAGGCUUUCUGCGACACCUUCGUACCGAAAAUUUCAAUUUCGUCUGGUAGUUCUCAUACAGCGAACUCUACGGGAGACUCGGUGGUUCCCAGAUUGCCAGCUCCCCCGAGAGCACUUGAUGGUAGCAACUUGAUCCAAUUGUAG